UGUGUGUGUGUGUGUGUGUCGGGUGACUCACUGCUGCUGUACAUCCUGCCUCUACUAACAUAAAACAACAGACUCCAGACAAAGCUUACAUGACAUAGAAAGCAAAUCCAAGUGGCAUAAAAAGUAAAUAUAUAAAUGAAGGGCUCCAUGAAGAAUGAAACCGGAGGAAGGAUGGAGAGCAGGACCCCUAAGACAGUGAACCUAGAGGAGGAGGAGGAGGAGCCUCCUAGAGAGAAGAGAAUCACUACCGCCUUGCUAGCUACCAACAAAACCUCAACCCCUCCAGCAGGAAAACUCUUGAGUUUUAAGAUACCAGAGGACGAUGAUGAAGAAGAAGAGGGGGAGGAGGAUGAAGAGGAGAAAGAGGAAGAGGAGGACUUAAAGAAGGAUAUCGUACCAGAGGAGACUCGAACAUGGGAGGCCUUGUUGUUCCAUCAGUCUUUCGGUGGACGGAUUACCAGAGAGCUCAGUAUCCGCAGUAUCUUCACUAUAAUGAGUCCCCUUUACACAAAAAAAUGGAGAAUAAUUUUGGCUGUGCUGAUUGGUGUAACACUGAUUGGUGUGUGCAUUCUGGGGUUCUACCUGAGUGUGAAAGCAAGGGAAGGUGACAGGAUUGCUGCAAAAAUUACUGCCUUCAAUGCCACAACAGCUCCUCCCCCAAGAACCUCAAAAGUCCGCUGGCGCCACGACGAGAGUAUCUGUCUCUCUCUUUCUAAUGACACAUGUCCAGAUUUUGCACUUCAUCCUCUCUUGGUUAUUGCUGUAGAUGGGUUACGACCAGAUUUCCUAAAUGAUAGUAUAACCCCAGCCAUGAACUACCUGGCAAGGUGUGGAGUCAGUGCCAAAAGCCUCGUUCCUGUUUAUCCCACCACUACCUUCCCAAACAUGUAUUCUAUUGCAACGGGACUCUACCCAGAAAGUCAUGGAAUUAUUGGAAAUGAAAUGUAUGAUGCUAAGACCAACAGAACUUUCAACGCUAUGGACCGUGAUUACUAUGACCCAGUAUGGUGGAAAGGUGAUCCUAUAUGGAACACUGUUGCAAAACAGGGCAAAAAAGCUGCAAUUUAUUCAUGGGCUGGUUCAGAUGUCUUCAUAGAGCAGAGAUAUCCUGUCUACUGGAAGAAAUAUCGUGCUAAUGAGACAUUUGACAUUCGAAUCAGACAGGUGUCAGACUGGUUUAUGCUACCAAAGCAAGAGCGACCCCAUCUCGUCAUGGUGUACUUCGAGCAACCAAUGUUAACUAUUCAGGAAUUUGGACCAGAUUCGAAAGAGGCAAGGAAUGCUUUGGAAAGAGUAGACCGAGCAUUGGAUAGCCUGAUGAUCACCCUUCAUCGUCAAAAGCUGGCUCACUGUAUCAACAUUCUUCUGGUGUCUGACCAUGGUGCUGCUCCAGCAUCCUGCACCUCCUCCUUUUACCUCGAGACAUUUAUCACCGACAUUGAAGAAAAGGCACGUGUAUUUACUGGUGCAGUGGGCAGGUUACGAGUUCUCACAGGUGGUGAUGCAGCCGAGAAGGAGAUUCUGAAGUCUCUUGGAUGCAAGAACUCCAAAGUAAGAGCUCUUCCCAAGAAGCUGCUCCCACGCAGAUAUCACUAUACCAAUAAUGCAAAUAUUGAGAAUGUGAUUCUGGAUACCAAACCAGAUACACGUGUAGUGACCAACUCUCAAAACUACUGCAAGAAUGGUGAACAUGGAUUCAACAACCUUGAACCAUCUAUGCAGGCUACUUUCAUAGGAUUUGGUCCUGAUUUGAAGGUGAAUUAUACAACUCACAGCUUCAGGAAUGUUGAACUAUACAAUUUUAUGUGUGAGUUAAUCCACAUUACUCCUGCAGAAAACAAUGGAACUUCUGGGAGUCUGGACCACUUGCUGCGUCAGGUUCCUCAUGUAGCUCCUUCGGACGUGUUACAAAAGCUCUUGCCUGAAGUUGUUAAGGCUCUACCUGAGAAAAUAUCACAAAAUAAUAAAGUAGAAGGAGAGACAGGAGAAACUGGUGCCACAGAGAAGCCAUGCAAGUGUUUUCUUGACAAAACACAAGAAGUUACACCUACAGAAAGCAUCCCAAACAACAGCAGUGAUGCAAGUAGCAGUAACGAAACUAUCAAUGUCAGCAGCACUGAGUCCACACCCACCAGUAGUCCAAGCAGUAGUAAAGUUAACAAGAGUCAAGCUGAGCUCUCCCACCUCCUCAACACCCAUGUACCCUGGAAUUCACCUGGAUUCUCUACUCCUGAUGAUAUAAAAGGAGAACUGAAGGUUCUUCUACACUCCAGCUAUGUCAUUGGUUUGCAUGAAACCUUGAACCUGGGAGUGUGGGUGAGCUUCACUGUGAACAGUCAAACAAUUUCUCUAACGGAGAAGGAGAAACCGCACAUACCAGAAGAAAUAGAAAUAAAGCCAGAAGAUGUUCGCAUAGUGGAUGAGAAACCUCCUCCUUGCUGGGAGGCAGAUCUGAGAUUAGAUCGACUUCCUGAAGACCAGUGUCAAAGGAUGUUGUCUACAGAAGCAUACCUUGCUAAUAAUAUUACACUCAUUCAACUGUUUCCUGAAGAAAUGGAGACAGAUGAGCUUCUGAUCAGUGAAGGUCAUCUUCUAUCUAACCUGGCACCAGUGAAGAUUGGCUACAAAGUGGGAGCUCAUGCAGCAAUGGUUAAUGCUAUAAGAUUCUGGGCCUCUACAAUGGGCGUUCUGAAUAUUGUACAUGGUCCUGUUUUUGAUUAUGAUCUGGAUGGUCACCAAGAUCCUGUGGCACAUACACUAAAUACAGUGAAGCCUCUAGUGCCCAGUGACUAUUUCUUUGUGGUCACUCUGUGUACCAAUACAUCGACAACCUCAUGCUCAGGAGACCCACAAGAUGUCCUGUCUUUUGUUUUCCCCAACACAGAAAUACAUGACAAUUGUCUUAUGAAUGAUACUGAGUACUUACAAUAUCACUUAACCACUGUAAGAGAUGUGGAGCUCCUAACAGGACUACGUUUCUUCAGAAGUAAAUACGUGCGCGACAGCCUGACUUACAGAACAUGGCAACACAUCCAUAUCUGGCCUCUGCCACUCCGUGAAAACACUGCAGGCCAAAAACUCGGCCAGAGAGUAGGCAAGGCUGAAGGCUCAUAACAUGCAAAUAUUUAUAGUGUUAAAGUUAGUUGUAGCCUAUUGCAUUCCCUACUUGAAUGGUACAGUGAAAAGUUGUAAAAUAUGUUUAGCUAUAGACAGAAAAAUUUGCUCAUAUAAACCUAUGUUGUGUUUCAAGCAUUUUGUGAUUCAGUGAAUGACUUGGAAUGUGUUUAAUAUUAAAGUGGUGAAACACUGUUCAUAAUAAUAUAAGUGUAUUGAGAGUGAGUAAAAUUCAAUAUAUAUCAGUGAUAUGCUGGAAAAAAUGGCUAGAAUCAGCAAGAAAGCAGCAGCAUUUUUGUAUUGUUUAAAUAAUAUUUUAAAUACAUGAAAAUUUUUACCACUUUAAUUUCACAAAAAACUACUCUUUAACCAGUGUGUGUAUAUACCUGUACAUAUCUUGUCUCUGUAUGUAAGUAAAGGUAAAGAUAAUGUAUUAUAUAUGGUGCUAGAAUUAAGUGAUUCAGUAUAUAAUAUUUGCUUUGUGCAGUAAUAAGGUAGAUCUAAUAGUCCAGAAAUCUCGAAUUAUGACUUUCUACUGUGGUUAUAUUUAAGGCAGACUGCAUAAUGAGAGCAGAACAGCUUCCAUUAGAAAACCAGCCCCAAAAAAUUUUGUUAUAUCCUGUAUGAGAAGAAAUGAUGUUAGGUUGUAAUAUUUUCCACCUGAACCUAUAAAGUUUAUGAAAAUAUGAAUAAGCAAUAGAAACUUUAUAAAAUAAUAGAUGCCACAUUGGCAUGUAAUGCUUGUCAUAAGAGGCGACUAAAAUGCCAGGAGCAAGGGCCUAGUAACCCUUUCUCCUCUAUAAAUUACUAAAUUUAAAAAGGAAAACUUUUGUUUUUCUUUUUAAGUCCUCCUGCCUCGUUGGAAUACGGCUGGUUCAUUGGGGGGAAAAAAUAUUGGCAUGUAGUUCCCUACAAGAUUUUAAUGAAAUACAAAAUUGUGAGAUAAUGUGAAUGGCAACUGUAUAAUAUUUACUUGUUGGCUAAUUAUUUUGCAUACCAUCAUGUUGACACUCCAUGCAAACAAUGUAGUCAGAUGACUCACUUGAAGAUUCAUGUACAAAGAUUAGAGUGGUAAUACUUAAGUUUGACUUGAGUUCUAGACAUGUAUGAAGAUGAGAGUGAUAAUACCUAAGUUUGACUAUGAGGUCUAAGUGCUUGUAUGAAGAUGAGUGAUAUCUAAGCUUGAUCCCAUUAGAAUUUUUUCUUAAUAUUCGUAAGUUUUUACUUAUUAUUUGUAUAGAAGUAUAUGGCAGAGAGUGUCUGCCAGGAAUGAGAAAUUACACGAAAUCAAGGAAGAUGAAUUUGUGGAUACCGAACUUAUUGUAUAUUUCAGUGGGAGAAUGGGGAUGCAUUCUGUACCUCCUUUGGUACCCUACCAUAGUCUUAACAGUCAACUGUAGUACAAAUACAUCAUCUAACAGAACUAAAUGUGAAUACACAAAUCAUAGUUCUGAGAGCCAAGCUCAUGAAUAAAAUCAUGGUUACAUAUGCAAGUCUUGUGCUGGAAGCCAAUUUUGCAAAUAACAUGGUAAUACCAUAGAUAAAUUAUAGUUCUCAAAGACAAGCUUUUAGACAACACCAUAAUAAGCCAUGGUACUGGGAAGCAAGCUUGUGUAUAUACUAUAUGUGGGUUGAAUAUCUGUAAACCUAGUUGCAGGUAAAGCAUUGAAAUGUAAAGUAAAUUUGUGAAAGCAAAACCCUUGAAUAAUGAUCUUGUACAGUAAAGUACUGUAUAUGAUAUUUUUGUUUUUAAAACAGUGACAUGGAUGAAAAUAUGAAGAUAGCAGAGCAUACACAUGUGCAUGUGUGUGUGCAUGUAUGUGUGCAUAUGUGUGUGUGUGCAUGUGCAUGUGUAUGUGUAUAUAUACAUAUGCUUUAUUGUCAUUGUUGUGACCUCUGGAUCUUGGACUACUUAACUGAAAACUUUCCGAACCUCGAAGUCCAUAUAUGAUGUGAUAAGUAUAAUAAAAUGUAAAUGGUGUACACGACUCUAAUAAAUCUACAUACACAGAGAACAUUUUAUAGGAUUAGAGAUCAACUAAUUUCAUUUUUGCUACAAGAAUGGAAAUAUUUUUUUAAUUUACAUUCAAAUAUUUACAUUUACAGUAACAACUAGUAUAUAAAAUAUUUUUACAAAUUGGCAAAUUAAAAAAUUAUUACUAAAUUAACUUUUUUUAAAUAAUGUGUGACUUUCUAACUAUCGUAAACAAUUCACAACAAACCUGAGGAAUUAUAGAACGUAAAUAUAUAUUUUUACUUUAU